UUCGCUUCCGCCCGAGCGGGCCCCGCCGCCGCCGAGCAUGGACGACCCCGACUGCGACUCCACCUGGGAAGACGACGCGGAGGACGCGGGGGACGCGGAGGACGCGGGGGACGCGGACGAGGACGCGGACGAGCUCCGGGCGGCCCGGCCCGGCGCGCAGCAGUCCAGGGCACUGCGGCCCCGCAACUGGCGAGCCAUGCAGGACAUGUGCAGGUACCGGCGCCACUACCCGGGUUUGGUAGAGCGAGACUGCAAUGGUGACAUGCCCAACCUGAGCUUCUACAAGAACGAGAUCUGCUUCCUGCCCAACGGCUGCUUGAUCGAGGAGUUUCUUCAGCAGUGGAGGAGCCGCUACAGCCGGCUGGAGGACAACCACUCCUACAUCCAGUGGCUGUUUCCUCUGCGGGAAGCAGGAGUGAACUGGCACGCGAAGCCCCUCACGCUCAGGGAGGUGGAGGCAUUUAAAAGCUCCAAGGAGGUCAGGGAGCGGCUCGUGCGCGCCUACGAACUCAUGCUGGACUUCUACGGGAUCCAGCUGCAGGACCGGGACACGGGCGCCGUCUGCCGGGCGCACAACUACCAGAAGCGCUUCCAGAACCUGAACUGGCACAGCCACAACAACCUGCGCAUCACGCGCAUCCUCAAGUCGCUGGGCGAGCUGGGCCUGGAGCAGUACCAGGCGCCGCUGGCGCGCUUCUUCCUGGAGGAGACGCUGGUGCGCCACGAGCUGCCCGCCGUGCGCCAGAGCGCCCUGGACUACUUCGUGUUCGCCGUGCGCUGCCGGCGCCAGCGCCGCGAGCUCCUGCGCUUCGCCUGGGAGCACUUCCGGCCGCGCUGCCAGUUCGUCUGGGGCCCGCACGACAAGCUCCGCAGGCUCAGGCCUCUCCCUGCGCCGCCGCCGCCGCGGGCGGGCCCCGGGCAGGCAGAGGGAGGCCAGAGCCCCGAGGCCAGCGCCCAGGGCCGGACCUGCGGGCCGGACCGGACAGGGGCGGGGGACAGGGAGGCCGAGAGUCCCCCGGGCGCCAGCACCCUGGAGAGGGAGCCUGAAGCCGAGGCCGGGGACUGCGGGGAGGACCAGCCCGAGCCCCCCAGCCCCAAAGAGACCAAGAAGAGGAAGUUGGAAGCCAACCGGCAGGAGCGGACCCUGGAGGAGCCAGGCCCGCAGGGUGCCUCCGACGUGGAGAAGAUCGCCCAGAACCUGGAGGGCUGCGCGCUCAGCCAGGGCGGCCAGGAGCCGGGGGACACUGAGCAGCCCCGCCCAGGGCCCCCAGGCGCGAGGGCUGCUGAGACCAGGAAGCGCAGGAAGGUGGACAGAGGCGCCGGGGGCUCCCAGGCGCCUGCCCCAGCUGCGCCCUCCGACCCGCAGGAGCGCCCUGGUGCCGGAGCCGAGGCGGAGGAGCCGGAGGGGCCGGAGGAGCUGGAGGAGGGAGCCCAAGGCUGCCUGUCGGAGGGCUCCAGCCAGGGCACGGCGAGAGACACCGGGCAGGACAGGGCUGGGGCAGGGGAACCCGCGGAGCCAUGAGGAGUGGGCCCAGCAGCAGGAGUGGAAGCGCCCGGUGGUGGCCAGGACGGAGCCGCGCUCAGGGAAGGCCACGGCCUUGGGGACGCCCCUGACCUCAGCCUCCCCCUUCUCUGCGACCCCCAUCUUUUGUGUGGACCCUCGGGGGUCGGGUGGGGUGGCCCCUGUUUUCCUACUCUGGUGCCGAGGGAGGUCUUUCCCAAAUAAACAGUUCACUCGGA